CCCGUAGUAUGCUGAUCUAAAGUUUAUAGUGUAUUGAUUUUAAGCUUAUUAGGCUAAUAUUAAAUAAACUAGUAUUAACUAAGAGUACAAAAUAUUCUAAAUUAUAUAUUUUACUUAUAUCUUUGCUCUACAAAGAUAAAUUUAUUUGAAAUGUGUAAUUUAAUUAGGCUUUGUUUGUUAGUUUUCACAGCUCUUUAUGGAGUAUCUUGCUCAAGAGUGUUAGAGCUGAGUGACAGAUUCAUAGACAUCAGCAAUGAGGGCAUGUGGUUUGUCAAGUUCUAUGCACCAUGGUGUGCACACUGCCGCCGCAUUGAGCCUAUCUGGGCCCAUGUUGCGCAGUCUCUCUACAGCAGCCAGAUUAAAGUGGCUAAGGUUGACUGCACAAGGUUCCCUGCAGUGGCCACACAUUUCAAAGUUCGAGCCUAUCCAACCAUACUGUUCAUCAAGGGCUCCCAGCACCACGAGUACAAUGGUGAGCGGUUGAAGGAGGACAUGGUGAACUAUGCGGUGCGCAUGUCACAGCCGGCAGUUCAGAGGCUUACCCAAGCCGAUAGCUUGGGAUAUCUUAAAGAGCAACAUUCUGUGUUCUUUGGGUUUGUCGGGAAACAGCAGGGACCAUUAUGGGAAAUUUUUAUUAGACAUGCUGAUAAGUACCAGCCCCACAGUUGGUUUUACGCCAUGUCCCACGAGACAGUCAAGAACGAAAUCAGCCCGCCAAAUGACUCUGCUGUGUUCUGUUACAAAGAAGAUGAAGCAUAUUUCUUUGAUGCUCACCCAGUGAUAGAAGACCCAGAAGCCUUAAACACGACCUUAGACAAAUGGAUCAACGCAGAACGAUUCGGUUUCUUCCCUAAAAUCACCAGGUCCAACAUCCAUCACCUCAUGGACACGGAGAAAUAUAUCGUCAUCGCUGUGGUCUCUGAGAAUAAGCUGAGCGAGAUAAGCCAAACUGAAAGGGACUUCAAGGACAUGGUGGAAGGCAUCAUUAAGAAAAAGAAGAAGACACUCCACUCCCGUUUCCAAUUCGGCUGGAUGGGGUCCCUCGAGCUGGCCAACUCCAUCGCCAUGUCCGAACUGACGGCGCCGCACCUGCUCGUGCUCAACUCCACAACCAGCCACCACCACAUGCCCGACGACGACCCAGUGCUGAUGACUCCUGAGGCUGUGCUCGUGUUCCUCGAUCAGAUACAUAAUCAGCUGGCACCGACUUACGGAGGCAACAGCUGGUUGGUGCGCGUCUACCGCGCGUUGUUCGAAGCCCGCAGCACGCUGUCCAGCAUGUGGCGCGGCAACCCCGUGCUGACGGCGCUGGUGUUCGGGCUGCCGCUCGGCUUCCUCUCGCUCAUCUGCUACUCGGUGUGCUGCGCCGACAUCCUGGACGCGGAGGAGGAGGAGCCAGACACUCAUGAAAAGAAGGACUAGAUAGUGGCUACUUCUAAUACCUUCGCGUAUCUAGAAUAUAUUUAUUUGUGUGGACACGUCCAAUUCAAGAUUGAUGUUUUCUUGACAUUUACGAUUUCCUGGCGGGAUAAUGUCAUAAAGAUCUCGUUUUUAAUCCGUAAUUUUAUAGUAAAAUAAAUUAACUGUGUCAAUAGAAAUAAUAUGAAGUAGUUUCACGUCAUAAUACUUGUGACUUUACGUUGUACCAAAGUAUUUUUAAUGAUAGAUGUAUACAGGUGUUGUAUUGUAAAUGAGUAUUAUUUAUUUAUCAUGUGGCUAUGUUUUUGAUGUGUCAUUAAGUUUUAUUUAGACAUGUAAGAGAUUUUCAUGCAAUCAUGUAUUAUGUUUUACCACUUUUUUUAAAUUCACUUUACUUAAUUUGGUAUUUUGGUGACAAAUGAAUUUUAUUACCAACCAGAAAUUACCAUCCUACCAAAAUCUCUAAGGCUCCUGACGCUCCUCCCCAUAGGCAGUCUAAUUAAUACUAUUUUAUACAUUAUACAUAUUGAUAUAUGAAAAUUGGUUUCUUUAAUUACUAAAACUUGUUUUUCUACAAUCCUGAAUAUUAUUAUAUUCAACUGUUUUUUGUAAAUAUAAGGAUACUUUCAGUGAAAUAAAAUAAAGCGUCAUUAAAAAACUAAAAAUAUUUCGUUGUGUAGGUAUUUGUCCAUAAGAAUUAUUCAUGUUGCCAAUUACAUAUUAAAUUUGAAAGUAAAUGAGGUAUAAUUGAAUAGAUACCUCGUGAAUAUAAUAUGCUAAUUUUAAAUUUGAUGUAAGUAACAGUGGCUCAUUUGUACCUAGUCAUAAGUUGUCUUUUUAAAGAACAUAAUAUAAUUUCGAAGACUUGUCUCCACUUACCUAAACAAUACUCUAAAAAGUUAAGAAAUCAGUUUUUUUCAGAACCAUCAAUUUCUUGAAAAGUGCCAUUACCUAAAAAAAAAACAAGCAAGUGAUACUAUUGUUACAGUCUAAAACACUUUAUAUGUGUGAAGUUCAAAAAUCGUGGUUCAAACCUGGUUAACCUGGAAUGUGUUGACGACCCAGGUAGACCUUUUGCUGUUGCAAUAAGUUUUGAAAUGGUUUGAGUUCACCUUAGUUUUUUUUUAUUACUCCUACUCUUGACGUUAAUACAAGUUUUUACACAAUCCUUAAUAUAAUUUUAUUUGCAUACUUAGUGUAGUGAAAUAAAAGUUAAGGAUACCCUGUGUAUUGAUUUCAAAAACCCUCUUCAAAUAUGUCUCUGCCUCAUUUGCAUUUCUUAUCAGGUGUGAUGUGUUCGAUGUAUGUUUAUAUUAAAACAACAACAAACUAGAUUCAAAUUGUAAUUAAUAAAGAAUUCUUUACAAA